AUGGCUAGAGCACAAUAUGAUGAUCCUCGUCUCCGUCAGAUACCGGGUCUCACCUUCCCCAUUCUCAAUGGACAGAAGUAUGUCUGCGAUGGGAGUCGCUGCGUACGACUUCCGACAAAAUAUGAGAGUACGUUUGUGUGUCUACGCCUCACUUUGCACGCUUUAUUCCGAUCUUGACAUAACGGGGUUUAAUAAAAGCAUUGGUGUGUGCAAUUCAACUCCCUACAUGAAUUUGCUUGUGUUGAAUAAAGCCACUAUCUUUGCAUGUUAUCUUUCCAUUUGCAGUGUACAUGGCUAAGGAGAGAGCGGCCUCCAAAUCUGGACGCAUCCGACGAACAAAUUGGGAGGAAGAAAUGUAA